AUGCCAAUUCUAUACUUAGAUUCAUAAAUUAAAAUGGUAAUAAGAUAUUAUGAAAUAAAAAAACUGAAUAUUAUUACCAGAAUAAUUAAAUUGUAUUUAUUAGAAACAUAUUUUAAUAAAUUUACUCCAACAUAGAUGGGAUCUAAAAAUUCAAAAGAGACAAGUAUGAUUUACAAAGAUAACUAUAGAUUCAAAUGAUGCACCUUAAAUAAGUUAAAGCUAAGAGAAAAAAUAAGGUUAAAUUCAAUCAAUUGAGAAAUCUAAUUCAAAGACUUAGAAGACCAAAAUGAAAUUUUAAGUGAAUAAAGAAUAAUAAAGGAUUGAAGUUCCUAAAUUAGAAGAUGAACAACCUCAAUAACUCUAAAUAACUUUCUAUAAAGGAGAUUUUGAGAAUCAAAAUUUCGCUCAAUAAGAUCAGUCAACAGUUUUUAACAAUAAUGCUCAAAGUUAGGUAAAAGAAUAAGGGAUAGGGUCAUCUCUAGAUGCAAAUUUAGAUAUUCAUGAUGAUCAAUUAAUGGAUGUUAAUGGAUGUAGAAACAAAUUGAGAAAUGAGAGAUUGUUAAAAAUAGAAGAACAUGAUCCAAUAAUCGUAGCUAUUUUGGAUGAUUUGGAAUGUUAAACAUCUAGUCAUCAUCCAUCCAAUACUUAAGCUAAGUUAUAUCUUGGUUCUUAAAUUAUGAUCAAAAAUCGUAUUAUUGCUGGAUUUUGGAACAAGUUGGGACCAUAUAAAGUAACAAAUUUUCACUUUAAACCAUUUGAAAUAGAAGACAAUUAGAUUUAUUAUGGAGAAUGGUUUUAAUAAAAAAGAAAUGGUUUUGGAUUUUUGAUUUGUGAUGAUUUUAUUUAUGAAGGAUAUUGGUUAAAUGAUGUUUAUCAUGGUGAUGGAAGAAUGAUUUGUAAGGAUGGGAAUAUAUAUAUUGGAGAAUUCAGAAAUGGAUUAUUUAAUGGUGAUGGUUUUCAUCUUAAUAAUGAAUAAAUAGUAUAUGAAGGGGAAUGGGAAAAUGGUCAUAAAAAUGGUAUUGGAAAAGAGUAGAUGCCUGAUGGAUCAGUUUUUAUUGGUCAAUUUCAAAAUAAUUAACGAAAUGGUUAGGGGAAAUUAUUUAAUAAUAAAGAAUAAUUUGUAUUUGAAGGAUAAUGGAUAAAGGGUAAGGCUAUAGAGGAAGGGAAAGUAAUUUGGUAGGAUGGUAGAAAAUUUGAAGGGAAGUGGUGUAAUGGAAUGAUGCAUGGUCAUGGUACAUUUAUAUGGCCAGGAGGAAAGAAAUAUAUAGGAAAUUAUGUGAAUAAUGUAAGAGAUGGAUAUGGAGAAUACUAUUAUCCAGAUGGAAAGAUUUAUAAAGGUAUGUGGAAGAAGGGAUUGAUGCAUGGAUAGGGAAUAAUAAUAUAUCCAAAUAAUUCUCAUGAGAAGGGUCAAUGGUAAUUAGGAAAGAGAGUUAUAGUUUAAGAAAAGAAGGCAAACGAAAAAUCUUAGAAGAAGUAAGAAAAUAAGGCUAUCUUGCCACUUUGA